GUAGCUCCUUUAGAACGUUGACUUUACCAGGUAUAUUUAUUUUUGGAUUGUAUAUCACGUUUACACCCUAACAAACAAACCACCCUAAUUUUCCGUGAAUUAUUUUUAGUUCACUUGCUUAUUUUUGCUUUGGUUGUGGAUUUCUGGCAUAAGUUUUCUACCAUUUGAACGAAUCUCGGGACUUCAUAUUAAGGUUUGUUCGUGUAAUCAAAUAUUUAGGUAAAAUGCCUUUAACUUCCAUCAAGAAACAUCUGGCCAGAGGUAAUCAGUUCUUAUCAGAAAAAUUAGGAGGAGCGAAGGGUACUGAUAAAGGAGCAGAAUAUAGACAACUUGCACAGCUUAUUGAUUCAUACAAAGGGUAUUUUGAGAGUGCUCAAAGACGGGUUGUUGAUUGCUUAGAACCUAACCCAAAUGCACGCAAACGAGCAUGGGCUAGUUCAACUGUAAACAAAAUUCAAGGAACUUCAGGUGGCGAAUCGUAUCCUCAUGCAGAGAAGGCUCUGUCUGAUUGUUUUUCGGAAUACGGUAGACAGUUAAGUCAACAGCAUAAUUUCAGCCUUGCACUUCUUCGAUGUGGAGAAGCAUACAGUCGAAUUGUGGAGUCGAAAGAACAGUCGUUAGAUGAAACAAGAUCCGGUUACUUGAAACCGAUUUCAGAAACAUUGAAUCAGGAUAUCAGAGAGAUAACAUUGCUUCGGAAGAAAGCUGAAAGCAAACGAUUAACUUAUGAUCAUAGGAAACAUGUUUUAGAAAAAACCAACGCUCAACCGGAUGAUGCAUUUGAAGAAGCUAAAAGUCAAUUUGAAGAAGCCUUAACAAUUAGUUCAAAAGCAAUGUCAAAUUUCUUGGAUGGUGAAGUGGAACAAAUUGAAGCAUUAUCAAAUUUCGUUUCUGCUCAGUUAAGCUUUUAUCAAGAUGCUGCACGAAUAUUAUCUGAUCUGCGUGGAGAAUUGCAAACAAGAUUAUCUGAUGCACGUGAUCAGGCAAGACGGCAUACUCCAUAUCCAGUUGGUCCAAAAACAAGUUUUCCUGACCUCCCACCAUUUGAUCCAAAUCCUCCACAAAACUUUCCAGUAAAACCAAAAUUUGACAACCAACCAAAACAAACACCUGCAUGUAUUGCACUUUAUGAUUUUGAUGCUGAAAGUCCUUUUGAAUUAUCAUUUCGUGAAGGUGAUAUGCUCAAGUUAAUUGAACAGGUUGAUGAGAAUUGGUUCCUAGGUGAAUUGAAUGGCCAAGAAGGUCAUUUCCCAACGAAUUAUGUUCGUGUUCUAUACCCAUUGCCAUGAUGUCGGUGAUGACGUUGAUGAUCAUGAUGUGGAGAGAUUCAUUUCAAUUUUUUGUCGUUGAUUUUUAUUCUUUCACAAUAUGCAAUUUUAUUUUUCAAUGCUUUUCUUUUGGUGGUCAUUUUUACAACCAACUAACUAUCUUAUCUUAUUUUGCAUCAUUCUAAUGCCUAUCACAUUUACAUACAUACAGUAUUAUUAUUUCUGUUGACAGAUUUGUGCCUUAUGUGACUAUGUAUGUGACCAAAUCAGACAUACAUACAUACAUACAUACAUACGUAGAAGGACACACGCACAAACAUCAACGAGAAUUGAUGUUAGGCAGGUGAUGAGUAGUACUCAAAGUUUUUGCCUUUUUAAUUUAAUCUAAUUUGUCUUCCUUUACAACAUGUUUGUGCCUAAAUUAUCAUUUCUUUUGUUUUUUAACGAAUGUUGAAUCAUUUUGUUUUAUGGGACUUUAUUUAUUAUUAUUAUUAUUUACGACAAGGUUUUUCUGCGUGUUGUCGUCUUAUGUACUUUUUACCCUUUGACCCUUCAAAAGAGGUAAUUUAUCGGUUCAGUUAACUGUAUUCAGUACUCCGUAUUUCCCCUGACUCUAUUUCAUGUGUAUCCAGGUUUGUGUGUAUGUGUGUAGCUGUUCGUCAGUAAGUGUGAGGCUACAGUAUCACUUGUCAUCCACCUAUAUGUCAAUUUGGUUAAUUUAUGUGAUAAAAUCCGUAUAAGAAGGAAGUAUAACACAAUUGACAUUUCACCAAAAUAACCUCAAUAUGUAUUUAUAUUACAUAAUGUAUUGCUUUUCAACUUUUUUUUAAAAAGAAAUUAUGUCAUUCAGUUCAGUAAUAUAAGUAUUUUGCUUUGGAGAACUAUUGAACGACGACUUUAUUAGCGAAUGCAGCAUACACAUAUAUAUAUAUAUAUAUAUAUAUAUAUGUGCAUACUUUAUUGAUCUUGA